UAUCUGAUAUAAUUGUGUUUGCUUGUUUCAUUGACAUAUGAAUUAGUUUGCACAGAUGAGUUCGUAACUGAAUCCUCAAUUUGCUUAGUCAAGUAUUAGCAUAUCAAAUAAAUGAGCAAGCAUCUGAGAUAUAUCACUAAUUAGGUUUCACAUAGUUAUCUUAUUCCUCUUCUUGUUUUUUUGACAACUUCCUAUACUUGUCAUAUUUUUGUCCAGUUUCUGAAAUUACAGAUCCACAAUGGAAAUAGAAGUUGCUGAUCGCACAAAUAAGCGCAUGAAACCUUCUGUGGAAGGUAAUGAAACAACAGAUAGCGGUAUUGAAGUUGCAAAGGAUGCAGAUGAAGAAAAUGCAUCGAUACCCGUGCUUAUGGCUUCUGAACAAAUGGAGGCAGAGAUUGCCAAUAUUUUUCAAAAGAUGGAGCAUUUUACUAACCUGGUAUCUGAACUGCUCGAAUCAGGGAAGUCCAUGCUUAAGGAUCUGAGUAAUGAAUUUGAAGAACGACUGAUUCAAAUACACAAGGAACAGAUGGAAAAGUGGCAAGAAGAGAUUAAGGAAGUGCGCCUGCUUGACACAGCAAAUGAGGAGGCUGAUUCUCUCUUGCUAAAUGCUAAAACUCUACUUCAGAAUGUCCAUGGUGAAUCCUGACCUUGUGCCGUAACUGAAGUAACUUUCCAGGAGGGGGAAAAGAAUACCUUAAAGGAAAUUAUUUGAUGAAAAGCUGCUAGCUUAGUUUUCCAUGUGACAAAAUUACAACCUAGGACAACUUUGGUGCUGUUUAUCGUGAUCCUGGAUAUAAUAAAUGAAUGCAGAUAACAUCACGUAGCUUUUAGUUUUCUGAUUCAGAAUUUUUAAAUAAGACUGCAGCUUUCGUGUGGAACUCUUUGAUGCUAUAUUCAAUUGAGAUUUUUUUUCCCAGGA